UCUUCUUCCCCGCCUGCCUCCCGUCUCGCAGCCUCAAGGAGGACGUUUUACAUACACAACGGGAAUGAAGCGUCUUCCGAUGUGGAUACUAGGAAUCGAACUGGAAUCCGGAUGCCAACAGUCCUCUGUGUCACUGCCACCACCUGAGUGGCUCAGGCCUUGACCUCAAUACAGUCUUUCUGAGGUGGCAGAUGGACGCUUUCAAGUUCGUCUCACAGGACAGGAUUCCAGUCCAGAACACUUGGCCUCAAUGAAUCAGUUCGGUCAGCAGUCUCUGACUGUUGACAGGUCCUUUGGCCUUUCUUGGCAUGUGUUCACCUGACUCUGAGUCUGCUUUUCCUGGUGUUUGAAAGGCUGCUUUCAUCAUCUCCGACCUCCCUGCAAGGUGACGUUCUGCUCUGCUAGACUCGGGAGCUCCUUCCCCGCCCUCCGCCCUGGAGCAUAAAUGCUGCCGCGCGGGGCGCCCCGCCGCAGCGCUCGGGAAACCUGCUCGACCUCCAGCCUUCAGCUCCAGCCGCCCUAUCACUUUAAGAGCCUGCGUUUUGGGGAGGGCCGAGGCCGUGUCCCUCCCAAGGUGUCGCGAGAAGCGCCGCACCGGCUACUUCUCGCGAUGUUUGGAGGCGCGAAAGGCGGCCAUUUUGGGGUCCCCCCCGCUGGUUAUUCCGGCGCCGUCUCCCAGGCUGCCGCUGGGACCAAAGCUGGCUCCGCUGGAGGCCGGGCGGCCGGCACUAUGUGGCGGCUCCGCUGCAAGGCCAAGGGCGGCACCCACGUUUUGCAGGGCCUGUCCAGCCGGACGCGCUUACGGGAACUGCAGGGACAGAUCGCCGCUAUUACCGGGAUCGCUCCGGGCAGUCAGCGAAUCCUCGUCGGUUACCCACCCGAGUGCCUGGACCUCAGCGACCGGGACACCACUCUUGGGGACCUGCCCAUCCAAUCAGGUGACAUGCUGAUUGUUGAAGAAGACCAAACCAGACCAAAAGCUUCACCUGCAUUUUCAAAACAUGGUGCUCCUAGUUAUGUCAGGGAAACUUUGCCUGUGCUUACCAGAACCGCAGUCCCAGCGGACAACUCUUGCCUCUUUACCAGUGUGUACUAUGUCGUGGAAGGAGGAGUCUUGAAUCCUGCUUGUGCCCCUGAAAUGAGACACCUCAUAGCACAAAUUGUAGCAAGCGAUCCAGACUUCUAUAGUGAGGCAAUCCUGGGGAAAACAAAUGAAGAGUAUUGUGAGUGGAUCAAAAGGGAUGAUACUUGGGGGGGAGCAAUUGAGAUAUCAAUUCUGUCUAAGUUUUACCAAUGUGAAAUAUGUGUAGUGGAUACACAGACUGUCAGAAUUGAUCGUUUUGGGGAAGAUGCAGGAUAUACCAAAAGGGUUCUGCUUAUCUACGAUGGCAUCCACUAUGAUCCACUUCAGCGUGACUUCCCUGAUCCAGAUACCCCUCCUCUGACCAUUUUCUCUUCAAAUGAUGACAUUGUUCUUGUACAAGCACUGGAAUUAGCUGAGGAAGCUAGAAGAAAGCGACAGUUUACUGAUGUCAACCGCUUCACCCUGAGAUGCAUGGUGUGUCAGAAGGGCUUAACUGGACAGGCAGAAGCAAGGGACCAUGCCAAGGAGACAGGCCAUACCAACUUUGGAGAGGUGUGAUCUGUUCAUGAUAGGAGUUGGAGCCUACUACCUCACAGAUCCAGAAGGCUCUGGGUUUUCCAAUAAGCUAUUUGUAACCCUACAGAAUAGAACAACACAAUGCUUGGACCAUCUUUUUCACUUAAACCAAUAUGACUGACACUGAGAUUCCUUGUUAAGAUUAAAAUUAGUGUGCAAGUUUACAGAUGUGUGUCUACACUAUGGCAUGCCCUCGUUCUACGGGGGUGUCGGAAUAGGUGGUUCUGGCCACUUCUGAUGCGAACCUGAAGACUGGAUUGUAUUAUAAACCAGCACCCAGUGGCUUUAACAUAUAGAAGAAAACAUCAAAAUUUAGGUCAUGUGAAAAGCCUUGUGGAGGGCCACUGGACAUAUAUCACAGUGUCUCCCGUAGUUGAUUCCUUUUAAUAACUGAAUGAGUUAGUUGUUUCUAAAUUCUGAAUUGACUCAUCAAAUGAAGAUACUCAGAAUUGUCAAAACUUUUUAUAUUGCAAUUUGGUAGACUUUAUAAGUGCAUCUAACUACUAAGUGCAUAAAAAUAAUUUUACAAGGAUGAGUAUAUCCUUUGAGAAUGUUAUCUCUAACAGGAAUUAAUACAGUCCUGUUUGAAAUUUUGAGUGUAUAAAAAUAGAAUGUAUAAGGGGAAAAGGUGCCUGAAGCAGCUUACUGAAGCUUUAAAAGAUUGUUGGCCUCAUAUUUUAAUGCAAUUCAUGUGUUGGUGUUUGUCAAUUAGAUUUUUUUUUUUUAAUUAAGCAGGGUAUGCCUUUAUAAUUGCUAAUUUAGUUUAACAUUUAAGAAGUAUCUUGAAAUUUGAGUGUUUGAUUCUUUUGCUUUUCUACAUAGAAAUUUUUCUGGAGGAUUUAAUUUCCUCAGCUCUUCUGCUCAAAGUACUUCUUAUGAACAAGUCUUCCUCUAAAGUGUCAGUGCUAUGUUUCGAUUCAUUGCAUAAAAAAAUCUUUGCCAUAGAUAACAGUGUUCAUAGCUCCACUCUGAUCUUUUGGAUAUUCCACAUUUCUGCAAGUUAGUAUGUUCUUUAUCUGUGAUCUUUGACUUUGAGUUUUUAAAUAAUUGAUUGGGAUUGUUUCACUUCCAAAAUAUAAAAAGUUUUAAAAAACCUUGCCUUACACAGCUCUUGCAGAAUCCUGCAAUCUAGUGUCAGAAAUGUAGCCAUUUGCUUGAUGGACUGAUCCUCAAGACCACCCUCUCAAAACUUAGCUUCACUGUAGAAUCUUCCAGGUAAAGUUUUCUACCUCUUAAUUCUUCUAAAGAUCAGGGAUGCUAGGUUAUAAUUUCUUGUGUAUUCUGUCCUACAGUGAAGAGGCAUACUGUUGUGAAAUUUUGUUAUCUUGAUAUCUUUUUUAUUAAGUAUCUCAGACAACUACUGUUGUACUUUAAAGCAGUUACAUCUUUUUCCAUGUAUCUUAGCAAGUGUUUUAAAAUUAAGGUCAACCCUUUGCCUUUUACUUGGUAAUGGUGACCAUGUAAAAUAAGUAAUGUUAAAGUGAACAAAUUAGAAAGUUGCUUUCAGGAACAAUUGAGCAAUUCACAAAGUAUGCUUCAGACAUCACAUGACAUUCUUUCAUGGUUUGAGACAGGAUUCUCCCUAUGUGUUUCUGGCUGGCCUGGAAUUAUAUAGACCAGGUCCCUUAAACUUGAAGUGAUCCUUCUGCCUCUGCCUUCUGAAUGUUGAGAUUACAAACAAGGGCCAUCAUACCUGGCCAGAUGACUUUGUUGAAUUCCCGUUGUGCACACAGUCAGGCAAUGGCAGUUACUAUAGUCAUAUAAAUUCUUUUUUUUAUGGAGCCUUAAAGAUAGCACCAGUGAGCUUAGGACACUGAGCAUUUGGCAUUCCUACCAUGUGUAAAUGACUAUCACAAAAGUCUCUUUGUACCUGUCAUCUGGUCCAGAUACUUUUUUUAAAAUCUCUCAUUUCUGCUAUAAAAUAUUUAAUGUAGAACUGUACAUUAAAAAUGUAGCACUGGGUUAUGCAUCAUAAAAAAGCUUGCCUUCCUUUACCACUUGAGCAUCGAAAUUCAAUGUUUCUAAAAUUUUGGAUCCAGAAGUUUGUUUAUGCAACAAGUAUUUGAAUGACCUACAUGUCAGGCAUGUUCUAUUUUUUGAAAAUAAAUUACUGUCACUUUAAAGUUGUGUCUACGUAAUCUUCAGAGGAUUACUUUAGUACAUGUAAAGAAAUAGAAUGAGCACUGUUAUCCUAAAAAUCAAGCCUUUGUUCUAAGUGUUUUUUGUAUGUCUUGUUUAAUAUUUAUUUAGGGGAUUAUUUCUUAUUGUAAUUUAUUAUUUACUUGGUUUCUCUUGUUGCCAGGUAGGCACUUGAUGGUCAAAUGGCUUUCAAAAAGGCUUUUUAAUCAUUUACUCAUGUGAGAAUUGGUUUUAGAGUAGUGUUGUGAAACAUUAAAGGGUGAAGCAUUAUGUGCAAAUUAUUUAAUUAUUAAUUUCUAUUCAUUCUAAAUACAAGCUGUUAAGCCUCAGAAUUUAAAGGCUUUUGUUUUCUAUUUUUCCUGUAUUUAUUAAGCUCUUGAAAUUAUUAAUAUGGGGAAACUCAUUUUAAGAAUUUUUUUUUUAAUCUGUGAACUUAGCUGCAACAAAGCUAAAAGAAACUUUGUCCUAAUGAAACCCUUUCUGUUUGUUGUUUACCUUUUGCCUAUCCUACAAGAAUCUUUCAAUUAAAAUGACACAAUUUAUAUUAGUGGUAGAAUAUUAAUGGCAGAAUAAAAAUUAUGUUUUUGCUCACUUCCCCUAUUCUCCCUUUAUUCUUCUUUGGAUUAGAGAGUCAGUGUAUUUUUAUGUCACGGCAUCAGUCCAAAUUAGUGUCCCUGGGAGUUUUGUGAUGUGACAGCUAUAAGAAGACAUCCGGAUAUUACCACAUCUUUUGCUAGUGAUUCAUGGUUGAGGCAUUCCUUAAUUGCUCUCCCUGAAUGAGGAAUGGUCAUAGUCAAGAGGUUACUGGCCAUUGUAAACCUGUUGUUAGGAAAUAAUACCAUUAUGGCAUUUGAAUUUUCUGUUGGGUUCAAGUCCCAGAAAAAUCAGGAUUCCAAAUUAACAUUACUUCCCCAUCUAUCCCCCCAACUGCUCAUGCCUAACUUUUUUGUCUGUCUAGCUUCCUCCCUUCAAGGUGUCCUAGUUGAUUUUUCUGUCUUUGUGGAAAAAAUUACAGUAGGAUGUAUGUGAAAUUAACAACAAUGAUACACUCACACUUGUUAUAUAUUACAAAUCAGGUGGCCUUCUUAAAUUUUACAUAUAUUAAGUACUACAUUUUUUGUGUGUUGAAACAUUAUUUGCAGCACUUUAAAAAUUAGAGAAUAAAAGUUUACAUAGCCCUCUAGAGAUCUUGAGGGCAGUAAAGAUACAACCCUGAGCUGCUAGCCAUCAGCUCUCAUAAGCUAUUGCCAUCAGUAUUUGCUGUACCUUAUGAUAUAGCAUAAUUUCAGUCUCUGUUAGGAGCAUGUUCUGUGCCCUAACAUAAAAACAGGUUACUUCUAUAAUGUGAUCAUCACUUGUUUUACAGUAUUCAAAUUUUGUUUUUACAGCACCAAGUUUUUAAAAGGGUAGACUCAUCAAACCAUUCAUUCAUUUUAAGCAAGCUUCUUUUAGAGAAAUUGAUUUUUGAGUUAUAUAUGCAAGCAGUGUUUGUAAACUUAAAGGGACACUUGAUUUGAAUAAGCUAGCUUGUUUGAUGCUAGGCAUCAAACCAGGGCCUUUUGCUGCUAGGUUAAGUGCUCACUGCUCAGCAGUCCUUUCCCCAGGAUGCUUUCUUAAUAACCAUUGUGUCAGCAUAUCCAACGCAAUGAAGAGAAGACUUCCAUGACUGUGCAAAGCCUUUUUUUUUUUUCUUAAAAAAUUAGCAUUUUGUUUACAGUGCUUUGAAUGUUUUAUUUGGAAAAUGAAAUAUUAUGUUAAUACUGAAUUAUGGAAUAUUUAUGUCUUAAUUCUGAUUUAAAGGAGGUUGUAAGCCUUCUCAUGGCAUUUUAAAAUGAAAAGGAUGGGUAAAAUAAAGUACUACUAAAAAGGAAAUAUGUCAGGCCAUGAAUGUAAGCAUUUUGCAUGAUACACCUUUUUACUUUUGUUUUGAAACCCAGCAACCUAUAUGUAGGACUGUAUAGUGAAUGUAUGCUUUGGUUAAGUUAUAGGUAAAGAGGUUGAGAAUGACUACUGAGAUGAUGUGUCUUGGCUCCAGAACUGGUGAUAUAGAAUGUUUAUAGAUUAGUGUAACCCAUAAGUUACUUAACAAGAGUUUCCAGCUAACACUUGUGCCACUCAGGACUCAAGGUGCCACAGGAAAUACAUUUAAACCAAAUUAUUUUUUUUUCUUAAAGAAUGCCUAGUAAGGACAUAUAGCUGGUGAAAGGGAUAAAAAUAAAAACUAGUCCUACCUUGCUUGUACUAACACACUAGAGGCAGAAUUCUUUAAAUAAGAAACCGCCAGUAAAGCCUGAAGUUCAGAGCUUAGAACAUCGUUGCAAUGGUAUGGAAAAGGGGCCAAACAGAAAAAAAGAGUUGUUUUUUUGGCAUAAGAAGAUGUGUUCUUAGUGAGGAUGGGCAGUGUUGCUUUCAAAAUGUCUGCUUGUCUAUUUGCCAGCAAGUUCAAAGUUGAUGCACUGCUGCUACCCGGGAGAUGUCUGACUUCAUUUUAUACAACUCAUGAUUUUUGCCUUUGUUGUUAAGAUGCAUUAAUUUUAUUUAUGAUAUGUGAUUUUUCAAUAUCUAAAUGUAUGAAGUGACUUGUCUUAAAGGAAUAAAUGAAGUGAAAAAAC